AGAUGUUUUAAUGUCUCCACACAUUUUUAAAGUAAAGGAGACAAGCUGUUUAGGACAAUGGAUGCCCUAUCAUAACUUCCCUUCAGCAGAAGUGAUUUUCAGCACUUCAAGACAAACAGAUUUGUUGAAAACAAAUGACCAUCCAAACCACAUGCCAAGAUGCUAUCUGAGGAUAUGAAAGAAGGGGACAUCACAAGAAAAGCGGAGGACUAAAAGCCACAUGUUUUAAUUUAUCUUUAGGAACAAUGGGUCACUUGUCUUUUCCUAGAUGCAUCUUUAGCCUUAAGUGUUUAGGAUUUCCUUAAAAGACAAUCCACCAUGUUCAAACGGUGGCUGAUGGCCCUGGUGGCCCGUGUUGGCCUCAUUGUGCUGACCCUCUGCUGUUGCGUGCUGCUGCUGUAUCUCCUGGCCUGCAAACCUGUAUCUCACAGCAGCCAGCAGUCUUUGCCAUGGGCUGGAAGUGCCACCAGUAAGGAGAGGUACAUGGCUUUACUGCAGGAGAGGGAAGACUCUCACAGACAUUAUAUCAACAGCCUGACAAAGCAAAUAGCCCAGCUGAAGGAAGCUCUGCAGGAGAGGACGCAGCAGCUUCAGGAGUCCCUGGAUAAAGCUAAAAUCAAAGGGAUCCUACCUCAGGGUUUGGAGAGCCUGCACAAAACCCCAACGCAGUCUGAUCUGAAGGAGUUCUUCCGCUCCCAACUGAACCAGGCAGAGGUGAACUCAGGUGUGAAGCUGCCCAGCGAAUAUGCACUAAUUCCUUUUGACACUUUCACCCUGCAGAGCGUGUACCAGCUGGAAACAGGGCUGACCAGGCAUCCAGCGGAGAGGCCUGUGAGAAAAGACCGCAGAGAUGAGCUGAUAGGGACUGUGGAAACAGCUCUGCAUGUCCUGAAUGGACCCAAGCAUCACACUGACAACAUCAGGAGAAAACACACAUUCUCCCCUUCAGACUUUAUCCAAGGGCUGACUCGCACAGAGCGGGACAGAGGAAGCAUUUACGAGCUGAUGUUUAAAGGUGACAGUCCACAGGACUUCACGCAGCUUGUACUCUUCAGGCCUUUUGGCCCCGUGAUGAAAGUGAAGAGCGAAAUUGUGAACACGCAAAACAUCAUCAUCAACAUCAUCGUACCUCUGUCCAAGAGGGUGGACACAUUCAAACAAUUCAUCAAAAACUUCAGAGAGGUAUGCAUCCAGCAGGACGGCAGGGUUCAUCUCACCGUGGUCUACUUUGGUCGAGAUCAGAUAGACGAGGUAAAAGCUGUGCUGGACCAGACCACUAGAGAGACUCGGUUCAGGAGCUUCACGUUGAUCCAGCUGAAUGAGGAGUUUUCUCGCGGCCGGGGCUUAGACGUGGGUGCCAGGGCUUGGAGGCGCAGCCAGAACAUUCUGCUCUUCUUCUGUGAUGUUGACAUUCACUUUACAGCUGAUUUCUUAACUUCCUGUCGUCUCAAUGCAGAACCUGGUAAGAGAGUGUACUACCCAGUGCUCUUCAGCCAGUACAACCCAUCUAUCAUCUACAGAAAUCAGACGCUCUUGCCUUCACUUCAGCAGCAGCUGGUGAUAAGGAAGGAGAGUGGAUUCUGGCGUGACUUUGGGUUCGGCAUGACAUGCCAGUACAGGUCUGAUUUCAUCAACAUAGGUAAAGACAGAUAUAUUAAUUUCAUGUGA